AUGGACAAAAUUCCCUCCUGGAAUGUCGUCCACAAGCUGGAGAAACGCCAGCUGCUCGUCGCCAUCAACUGCGUCGCGGCGCUAUCCAUUCUCUUCUUCGGAUAUGAUCAGGGCAUGAUGUCGGGCGUUAACAACGCCAAGGACUAUAUCGACUUGAUGAAGUUUGGAUAUACGAAGGAGGUCGAUGGCGAGGUGACUGCGGUAGUCACCAAUUCCCUGCUUCAGGGUGGCAUUGUUUCCGUAUACUAUCUGGGGACGCUCUUUGGAGGCCUGUUCGGUGGUUGGUUGGGGGAUCGCAUUGGCCGGAUCAAGUCGAUUGCCGUUGGUGCAGCCUGGGCGGUGCUCGGGGCGAGUCUGCAGUGCUCGGCCCAGAAUCACAACUGGAUGAUUUGCGCUCGGUUCAUCAACGGAAUCGGGACAGGCAUUCUGAAUGCCAUUGUUCCAGUCUGGGCGACAGAAACGGCUGAGCAUACGUCUCGCGGCCAGUUCAUCGCGAUCGAGUUUACCCUAAAUAUCUUCGGUGUCGUCCUGGCCUAUUGGCUGGAAUUUGGCCUGUCCUUCAUUGAUGGUGGUAACUCCGCCUUCCGCUGGAGGUUUCCUAUUGCCUUCCAGAUCAUUUUCCUCCUGGUCCUCUUCGCCGCGGUGUGGUUCUUCCCCGAGUCGCCUCGCUGGCUUGUCAAGGUCGGCCGUGAGGAUGAGGCCCGCUACAUCCUACAGCGGCUGCGUGGCAGCAGCCCCGAGGACCGGGUACGGGCUGAAGCCGAGUUUCUGGAUAUUCAGAGCAUUGCAGAGAUGGAGAAGACGGUGGUCCACGGCAAUUCAUAUCUGUCCAUGCUCUUCGGCUACAAGUCCGGCGAUCUGCAUAUCGGCCGCCGAGUCCAGCUCGUCGUUUGGUUGCAGAUCAUGCAGGAGUGGGUUGGCAUUGCGGGCGUGACGGUCUACGCGCCAACCAUUUUCAGUAUCGCCGGAUUCGACUCGAUGAAAAGCCAGUGGAUUAGCGGACUGAAUAAUAUUUUCUACAUGUUCGCUACCCUGAUCUGUGUAUUUACCCUGGAUCGUAUUGGGCGUCGCUGGACUCUGUACUGGGGCGCAGUUGUACAGGGUAUCGCUAUGUUCUUGGCUGGAGGGUUCUCUCGCCUGGCCAUCAACGCCAAGGCCGAUGGCAACAUAAGCCAGGCCUCUUCAUACGGUGCGGCAGCGGCGUCGAUGAUUUUCAUUUUUACGUCGACUUUCGGCGCAACCUGGUUGACUGUGCCGUGGCUGUACCCCGCUGAGAUCUUCCCAUUGGCGGUGCGGGCUCGCGGAAACGCCUGGGGUGUGGUUGGAUGGAGUAUUGGAAAUGGAUGGCUGACGCUUCUGUGCCCCGUGAUGUUUGAUGCUAUCGGCGAAAAGACCCUCUACGUGUUCGCCGCCAGUAAUGUGAUUACUAUUCCCAUGGUGUGGGCCCUGUACCCGGAGAGUAAUCAGCGAACGCUGGAGGACAUGGACCUGCUGUUUGCCGCCAAGACCCCGUGGACCUGGGACGCCGAGGCGACGUUUGCUCGUCUGAAGGCCGAGAACCCCGGUAUGGUGCAGACCGUCAGUCGCAAGGGCAGCGUGGUUGAUCCCGAGAGUGGCAAGGCUUUAUCGGUGGAUGCCAUUGCGGCCGAACAUGUGGACCACCUUGGGACCCGAGAUUGA